AUGCCUGCCGUCGCUCCUUUCGUUCUCUCUGCUUCCGUCCUGCUCGCUGCUGCGGUCAACGCCCAGCAGAGCAGCUUCCCCGAGACUCCCCUCGCCAGCAAGCACUUUGCGUACCCGGAUGAGAUUCCUUACCAAGUCGACACCGACACGAACCUCAUCCGCGGUACCCAGCAUGGCUACAACUUGUGCAACUCCACCACGGAGGGUCAGGACUCGCUCUGCCAGACGUCCUUCUUGAACAACCUUGAUGACUUCUGUCUCUGGGCUCCUUCCAAGAAGGACUCGCUCAUCGCCGACACGGAGGGUGAGGAGGUCGCUUGGUGCACCAAGGCCGGCCGUGGCACUCGCCUCAUCCCCGAGGGUGCCCUCACCGGUGUCCAGUUCAUGCGCACCUCUGCCUAUGUCCAGGUCAUUGGCUUCAUUGACCAGACCAAGAUCAACAUCCAGGAGGGUGACUACGGUGGUGAGCUCGACCCGCACGGUGCCGACUUGCGCGGUAACCCCAUGGGUGGCCUCGUCUACUCGACCGCGUUCAGCUCGGACAACAACACCUACACCCAGAUGAUCGAGUGGCACAACUUCAUGGGCGGCAACGCCUUCUGCUUCAAGGUUUGCGACCCGUCCAACGAGCACGCUGCGGACUACUGCCAGCACAUCUACGACCGUAUUGGCUGCGCCUACAACGCCCCGAACAACGCUCAGGACAAGGUCUUCGAGUCCUGCGAGGGCGACCUCCAGGACUUCCCCGGUGUCUACACCGGCGAGGACGGCCAGGUCACCACCUACACCCAGCCCGCUGAGUCCCUCGGUGCCAUCACGACCAUGCCGUACCAGCCGCGCGUGCCGGCCUCCAGCAACUGCCAGACCUUCGAGUCGACCGCGCUCUACACCGAUGCCCUGAAGGCUGCCUCGUCGAGCGGCUCCUCGCAGGCGACCGGUGCCUCGGGCAAGUCCCUCGAUGCCAGCGCGACGUCGAGCAGCGACAACGCCUCGGGCAGCAACGCUGCGUCGAUGGUCCGCAUCGGUGGCGAGAGCGCUGCCUGGAUGGGCCUCUUCUGGGUCGUCGUCGCUGGCGCCAUGGGCGCGAUGAGCGUGCUCGCUUAG